CCUGAGCAAACAUUGCGGCGACCGUACGAUAUUAGUUCCACCCAAACCCUCGGCAGCCGCACGAUUCAGCCUACGCGUCGGUCGCAUCACAUCCGUACGCGUCGCCGCCGCCGCCGCCUCGCCGGUUCAUCCCAAUUCCCGAGCCUCCCGCCGGCGAGCGCCCAUGACGGAGGACCGCACCCCCAAGGUCUCCAACGAGCCCACCGCUGCGGCGGUCAAGCAGAGGAAGAAAAGGAAGUGGGAUCAGCCCGCGGAGGACGUCGUCUCCGCCGCGGCGGCGGCCGCUGCUGUGGCGGCACUGCCCUUGGUCAACUUCGGCGCCCUUUCCGGCAUAGCAGUCCCGGGCACUACCGCAUAUCCUGCCGCUCCGUUGCCGAAUGUAGUCCCCGUCCCCUAUACUUUGCCGGCGCAUCUCGCACCUUCGGUGCUCCAGACUGCUGCUGCCGCGGUUCAGAAAUUGAGUCAGGCGAAAAUGCCAGAUGAGCUUAUAGCACGAGAAAUUGUUAUAAAUGAUGCCGAUCCGUCUGUGCGAUAUAAGCUUACGAAACGACAAACUCAGGAGGAGAUUCAGAGAUGCACAAGCACUGUCAUCAUUACCAGGGGAAAAUAUCAUCCACCAAAUGGACAACCUGAUGGCGAGAAGCCACUCUACUUGCAUAUCUCUGCUGGAUCUCAGCUAAAAGAUACUGCUGAGCGUAUUAAAGCAGUUGAUCGUGCGGCUUCAAUGAUUGAAGAAAUUUUAAAACAAGGCCAAAACCCAGAAGUCACAUCGACCUCUUUCCCUUCUAUGCCGAGCAAUGGACAGGCUGUUCAUCCUUUUAGCUCCUCGAUAUUUUUGGGUUUUGAUGCAGAUCCAUCACUUAACGUUGCAGCUCGGGUUCGUGGUCCAAAUGAUCAGUACAUAAAUCACAUCAUGAAUGAAACAGGGGCCACCGUUGUACUCAGAGGAAAAGGUUCAGGGAAUCCGGUUAAUUUGCAUGCUGAAGCAUCACAGCAAUCUCUACACCUAUACAUCUCAAGCAUGCAUUUGAAGAGCCUGGAAGCUGCAAAAGUGUUAGCAGAAAACCUUCUAGAUACAAUAGCAGCAGAAUUCGGUGCUUUCAGAACUUCUUCGUCAAAAGUAUAUGGUGCUGUUCCACCUCCCCAGCAGUUAUUGAGUGAUGUACACACGUCAGGGAUGAUACCAGAUGUACACUCUACUGUAGGGGCUAGUGUGUCAACCGGAGCAUUGCAUUCCGUUGCUUCUACUGGAGUUAAUGCUUCUUCAGUUUCUGCUUUGGUGGCACAUCAAUCUGGGGCCCCAUCUUAUUCCGGGGUUCCACCACCUAGUAGUAUGAUAUGUCCUAGUCAACCAGCAAAUGGUGGGACAUUUUAUGGUGGCUAUGGGGGCAUUUAUCCCCAGGCAACUCCAUUGCAGCAGGUUGCAUUAACACUAAAGCAUGCUUCAUCCUCAUCAACUGAGGUUGUUCCGGCGACAUCUAUGUCAACAAGCACCAUGGCAAUGGUGAACCCUUGUUCAUCAGCAGAGUCAGACAAGCAUUCUCAAAGGAGGAAAUUCCAGGAACUACCAAUUUCAAAGGGGGCAACUACAGAACUUAAGGUAUUUUCUCUGACCUUGUCUGAAGCUCACAGGGUGGUAAUAGAAUAUGGAUCUUUUACAGGGUUUAUUACAAGCUGGAGCUUGCGCCCGUGGAGUUUAACUGACGAUCUUCUGCUCCUGAAUUGGAUGAUUGCUUGCAUUACUUUUGAUACUAACACAAAUCUGCAACUCUUGCAUUAGCAAGACACGGUUUUCUGCUUCUGAAUUGGAUGACUGCUUGUAUUGUCUUGUUACUAACCCUUUGCAUUCAACCUGUUGAUGCCCACAUGCUGACAUCGUAAAUGGCAAUUAACAUGUUCCUUAAUUUGGAAUUUGUUAGUUUAUUACUACUACCUCUGUCCCAUAAUAAAUGCAACUCUGUAGUUCAAAUUUGAACUACAGGGCUGCACUUAUUAUGGGAUGGAUGUAAUAGUAGAUUUAAGUAUAAUCUUGUUUAGAUUUUUCCCUUCAUUUGGAUAAAGUUUUACAUGUUAGUGACAUUCACAAGUACUAGUUUACUAGAAAGCUCUUAGCCCAAUGAAACAAUAAUGUUGUAGUGUGGCACCUUUUGCUUUAUUACUUCAUAGACGUUUCUGGAGAAGUGUCCAUUAUGUUCUUAGUUGUAUAAACUUUGAAAGAUGCAAUUUAUCUCUUGAAUUUUUUAUUUAUAUAUUUAAUUAUUUAUUUAUUUAUAGAUUUGCAAAAAUAUCUUAGUUGUACUAGAUUGUGGGACCAGUCUACUUUUGCAAAUUUUGCAGACAAAAAAAUAUAUUUGUAGUUUUUUUGAAAAUAAAUAUAUAAAUGAACAAUAGUUAUCUCUCUAUAACUCUGCAUCGUUAGAAUGGUAAUGAUAUCCUACAUAUGAUGCUUACUGAUCACCAUGCUAGGUUUUAUGGAUCUGUACUGUUUGUGCACAAAUUUUGUUGAUUUCAUCCUUUUUAUUUCAUCAUUUUCUAUUACUAUAAUGCAAAGGAAUUUGAUGGGAAAGUGGUCUUUUGUUUCAUCUUUCCAGAACUCACAACAGGGGUCCAAAUUUGUUGAGACAGGUUUAGUUGUUUUAGGUAACACAACCAAUUCAUCAAUUUCACCUACAAUUAAAGUUCAG